GCCCCUUUCAGGUUUGAAUUAGAAACAGCAGAAUACAAAACAAAAUUGAAAACAAAUGAUACGUGAUUUUUAUAGUCCUUCUGUUAAGCAUAUUAACCCACGGGGCAGCAUAUGUCAUUAAAAGGUGAUGAAGGUUCUCUUGCAGAAGUACUAUUGUUUUAAAGGCAUCCUCCCAUUUCUAAUUAAACACUUCAAAAUGGCAGUGCUGUCACGGUAGCUGCUAUACAACCAUGAAAGUGAACAGCAUGUGCUCUCGGAAGUCAACUGAGUUUCACUCUGAGGGUCUAUCGCAUUAUUUUCAUAACUGUUGGAUAUUUCAUUUGGUUCUCUUAGCUGCUCAGUCAAACAGCUAUAAGUAAAAAAGGUUGCUCUAUGAACUGAAAAGGAGGAAAACAAUUUUUUUGCAAUAAUAUCCUUGGGGAAUGGGUAUAUUUGGACUAGGCUGAAGGCUGCUAUCAGUGAUAAGGACUAAUAAAGCAUGUAUGUUGGGUAGGAGGAAAAGACAAGUUGAUUCAUUUUUAUGAUAAAAAAAGCAAAUUUUCUGGUUUUCUUGCGAGUCUCUGCCAGUCUUGCAAGUAUAAUGUUUCAUAUUAGUAGUUGCUGAGGGAAAUCAUAUUCCUCCUGCAAGUCAUUGCUGAUAAUUGCAUGACUAACACGGAGUGUGAUUUAUUUUGAAAACUUUAGGAUACAACUCGAAGCUAGCAGUUGUGGAAGUUACUUGUGCUGUGAAGCUGUUUUAUGCAAGGUUUGCAUGAGAGAUGAAUUGCUGUUACAGUUAUUGCCAGUGGGUGGUGCUUUCCAAGUCUACUUGGAAGCCUAGCUAACAUUCAGAAUGUGGAUUAUAGCAAAAAGUAGGAUAGUUGGUCGUUUUUUUUUUUUUUUUCCAAUUGCAAAUGUUAAUCAUAAUCCCCCCCCGCCCUUUGGUUCCAAAACAAACUUUAUGCAUGACUGCAUGUGACCCAAAAUACAGGUAUCACGUUAGAUUCUAGUCCUGCUGGUAUCAUCCGUUUGCAACAGAGUGUUUCUCAUUCAAAACUUUAAGGUCCUGUGCACUUAACAGCACAUAUUCUGCUGACUUUCUCCUCCAACAAUGAUUCAACUUGACAGGUCUUUUCUGCUGGGGCAUGAACUGUCUGGCUAUACUUAAUUUUUCCAUAUUCUUUCUUGCAUCAGAAUAGUGUCAGGAUAGACAUCUCUGUACAGAGAUGGUGUCACAGAAGUUUAAAGAUAGUACUGUCUGAAUUUGAUUGUAUUUCUUCUGAAUUUGGUAGCAGAACUCUCAUAAUUUUAGUUUGGAUAAAUGUAGCCCUAAGUUGGAGUUGUUGAAGUAGUAGUUUUUUUAAUGUUCUUUAGCUAUGAAGUAGAAGAGGUGACUAUAAAUCUUUUAAUAGUUUUCUAGAAUUGUUGGUUUGGAUAUAGCACCCAAUGCACAGGACAGGGCCUGAGAUCCUGCACUGUGUCAGCAGAAGCAAGCUUUGGAAGACCUAUGAAAAGAGUGCACUGCAAAAGCAGAAUCAUGCUUUCUACUAGGUUUAAAAACAAAACGAACCACAAAAAAACCCCAAAAUUUGAACUGCUGACACAGUGAAACUCAAGUAGUUUUUAUUCUAUUAACUUUUUAUUUUUAAUAACAGAUGUGCUUAAAUUUUAUUUGCUUUUAAAGAGAAAAUGUCUUUAAAUUUAAAUUGAAAGUAAAUGUAAAUGGAGUGAUUGUGGCAGUAUGUGCUGCGGCUAGUCUGGAGCAAUGCAUAUGCAACUUGACCAGCUAGUGGCUACCCCUUACAGAACUGAAAAACUGUAACUGCCAGCUUUCAGUGGAGGCAUGCAUCUCACUCCUUCCUUUAUCCAGCUGCCAGUUUUUCACAAAGUGUAUAGGAGCUUCAUAGCUUUGUGGCUGCUUCUGCUCUGUGAAGGGGUGUUAAAACUGAUCAACAGAUUUAAAUGUUUGGGGAGAAGGUAGAAAUUGGAGAAAUUCAAUGUCUCUGCCCCUUUCUGUAAUAAGCUUUGUUUCCUUAGGAAAAUGUCCUCGUUUCAGCUUUGUUUUUUGCAUUGCAAAUUUGGAGCUUUGCUCCAAGAGGUCCUUAUUGCAUUCACAGUGUGGUGUGUUGAGCCUUAGGGAGUUUAUCUUCAGCGUAGCAUCCUGAGGGAUCACAAGGAAUGGGAGCAGUAACAUUUUUCUUAACUGGGAGUUGCGCAGGGAGUGGCAUAGGGCCAAGGGAACCGAAAGACCUACUUUGGUAAGGUACUCCAGAACCACCACCUUUACAAGCCCACCCAUUCCUCUUGCACGCUCUGAAGGAAGUAAGAUCAACCAGUCAAGUUAGUCAUACUUAAUGUAGGGAGUCACUGAAUAAAUGUGAAAAUGAAGGAGCUCUAGUGUUAAUGAUGUUCAUGGUUUAAGAAAUGGUAGAGGAGAAAAAGAGGCAUCACAGGUGUUUAGUAAGGUUUCAUAUGCUUCAUUGCAUGGAAGAUCAAACAAUAAUACAGGACAAAAGGAAUACUUUUCUGUAGCUCAGAAGAGGUAUGCUUCUAUAUCUGUCAAAUAGUGCAAAUAACUACCCUUUCAAUUUUUCCUCCUGAGAGCAAAUGUAAAGUGGAAAAGACACUAUUGUCAGCUUAUGGGGAAAAUGAAGGACCAUUUGUCCUAUUAAGUAGAUUUACAAAAGAUGUGAAUGGGAUCUUCUUGUGCUGGAAAGAAAGCCCAGCUGUGUCGAAAUUGGAACUCUGCUGAGAUCCAUUUUAAAAAGCAGUGUCUUUUACUUGGCAAUGACAUUGGAUUGGGUAGUGCAAAGAACAAAUGCAUAUUGGUUAAGCUUAAGCAUGAAUAAAAAUAUCAAAGCAACUUUCAAAACUAUAUUAAUGUUACAGGAUUGUAAACCACUGAAAAUCCUUUCUAAGGAAGCUGUAGUGCACAUGUUCCUUUACAUUGGUACAACAGCUUCCUGUAAAGCUACUACGGUUUUUAAUUAAAAAAAUACACUUAGUCAUCAACACUUUUAAUAUGUAGAUAAAGGUCAUUGAUCUAAAAUGAGAUUUGUAGUUCUUCAAACUGAAGAUAGAGACAUUGGAUUAUUAGUGUGGUUUUACAGCUUCUUACCAAAAUGCAGGGUCGCUUCUAUCUGCAUGCAUUACUGUUCUAGGUGCUCUCUUCAUGCAGUCAGGCACCCACUUGGUAAAUUUUCUAAAACAUGGAAUCCGCAUCUCACAGAAGAGGUGUAGCAUGUUGAGUAAUUCAUCCAUCUUUAGGUUAAAUAUUCCUCUUCUAAGUACAGAUGAUGUAAUAUGAAUAGUGUGAACGUUGCCAAAAUACUUUCCUACAUGCAAAAGGAUCAAAUUUGUUCAUUUCAGUCAAAAUGAAUAAUCAUGUUUGUUCUUACACUAAUACAUUUUAUUGCCAUUUUAAAUACAGAACUUUUUAUUCACCAUUUCUUGGUGUCUUAACACCCUAUACCUGGACACUAUAUUUUUUUCUAUUAUUUCCUUUCUAAUAUUUCAGAACUGUAACAAGAGAGAGAGCACCUGAUUCAGGAAUUUAAAAUGUUUUUUCUUUCCCUUUUCAUUCAGAUCUGGAGCAAGCACCUACACUCUUGGCUUUGCCUCAGGAUAAACUGUGCCUACACUGACAUUAAUAGAAAGUGAUGUGGAGGCAGUAAACUUGCAGUUCAACAGAAUUGACAAAUCAAUUAGAUCUGCUUGUUUGUAAUUUUACUAGUCUUUUCUGAAAUACUAACAGGUUCUUCAAAUGUAAGCAAAUUUUAUUUCAGGAAGCAAACUUCUGAUGUUUUUCUUGUGAAAAAGAUGACAAGAGUUUGGUCUAUAAAGUUUUCCGAAGUGCUGAUGUUGAGUGCCUAAUUGCUAGGAAGGAUUCCUGUCUGUAGGCAGUGUGAUGUUUCAUGAAAAGAAAAUUGAUGCUUUUGAUUUGUUGAUUAUUUUAGUGCUAACUUUUUCUUAUUCUUGAGGAGAUCCUGGUAACUCUUAGAGCUUCUCUUGGAGGGGAUUAUUUUUAAGAAACUCUUUUCUGUGUAAAAUGCUACUGACCUUAAACAUACCAAUACUUAUCUCUUACAAUGCUAAAAGAAAGCUCUGUCACCAUUACAAGAAACUGCCUAGAUUGGCUUAUAGUUGAAAGAACAAAACAUGAAAGUUUUACUUUAAUCUGUAGUAUUACUAAAUAUUUAACAGAUGUGCCUUUUGGGUAGCAGGGAAGGACUGCCUGACCUACUUUCAUUUUAAUCACUGAAGGGUUAUUUCAUGAUUAAUUUCUGGUGUGAAAGCUGAUCUUCUGAGUGUGGGUUGUCUUCUUUCUUUUUUUCUUGGAAGGAUAUUGGUGAGAGGAAAGCAGAAAAAAUCAAUAUAAAGGAUUUUGUCUCCUCCUUUCAGGUCUUUUUAGCUCUAUCUUGAGGUAUUGGGAUGUUACUGCAUUUAUGGACUGCUGCGGCAGUAAGUAGCAAGCUCAUUCACAUGACAGCUGGUCAAUUUUCCUUUGCAGCGCAUCCCAUCAGCCCCUCUAAUUUUUUCCAGAGUGUCGUUUCGUGAGAAGCUGACUUUCUUCCAAGGAAAUAACUGCAAUUCUGUUUUACAGUUGUAGGAAUCUGCCUGUACCAAUUAAUACAUUCAUAUUUUUCCUAUUUACUUUUUUCUCAUCUCUUCUUUUUGUUUAUUGUAGGGUAUUUCUCUCACUGUGAAACAGUAUAGCGUGUUCUCUGGCUUUUCUUGAAGUUUGCCACCACAUAUGUGAAUCAGUUCAUAGGCAGUGUGUCCCAGUGGCUGCUUUUUCCCCUCUUGCAUUUUUCAAGUUUCGUCUUUGAUUGCCAGUAGGGGUUUCGUGGCACAGAUAGGACUUGGUGGAUGCUAACAAGUAACAUUACCCUUGGCUGUCUGCUGGUUGGUUUUCAUUCCAUAGACUUGCAGGUCAUCUGUUGAAUGCAUGUGUGAAAACUAUGGCUGUUGGUAAGGUCAUGGUGAAUUUUUAGUGCGUGUUCAAAAAAGCCAUUCACUUCAGAGUGCGGAAGAGGAGACCGCCAACAAAAUUGGGUAAUUGAGGAGUGGGGAGAGUGGAGGCAGUUGACACUGAUGUUAAGCACAGCUUUUGGCUUUGAAAACAGUGAUGAGUUGUGCUGUAGCAUCUGAAAUGGACUGUUGCUACAUCUUCUUCUUCCCCUAUUUCUGUCUCCAGUGGCAGUUGUCUUAAUUCCUGCAAGAACCGUGGUCAGACAGGUAACAAUCCAGCAUUUUCUUCUAGAGGAAACACCUGCUACAGGACAGUUUCGACACUUGCAGCUUUUCUCAAGAGCAUGGAACGUAUGAAGGCAAACGAUAGUUGCGAUGAAGAAUGUUCCACGCUGUCCACUGUGUUUGACUCUCCUCAAAUUUCCUCCUAAAUUCCUUGGCCUGUAUAGCAUAGAUAAUUUUUACAAGGUGGCCAUAAAUUCCAUGCAUUCAGGUCAUCUUGUUUAUACAACCUGUUUGGAAAAUUUGUUCAUGAAAACUGUGGGAAGAUUUAAUAACUAAAUAGGUGGCCAUUCCUUUGUAGAGCUGUAGCUUCAAAAGUAGAUUUCAUAGUUUCAGGACUUUACUGGUGUAAUUUUGAUCCCCCACAUAAACUUAGAAAACGUCCAAGCUCUUAAAACCCCUAAGAUUUGGGUAGCAGCGAGAGGAAGGCUUACCUUGGGCUGGCUGCAGUGGUUCCUGUUCCAGCUGCUGCUGUACCAUUUGCUUGUGUUUCCUGCCACUGCAGUAAGGUUGUCUCAGCUGUUUGUGCAGCAUUUGCUGAGACGCUGCAAAUGUGUUUAUUUAAAAACAGAUACUGUAAAUAACCAAACAUUGGUGUCCUCCCAGUUUGUAAACUGGAGCCCUCUGUUUUGGUACUAGCUCUGCAGUGUGAAAUCAAUGUAACUUCACCCUCAGAAAACAAGCUUUAUUUCAGCUGUACCUUCCUAGCAAAGUCUUACUGUUUUGGAUAAAACCCUUUCCUGGAAGCGGGAAGUGGAAAUUGGUCGGUAUUCCUCACACCGGGUUGGUAAGAGGAAAGCUGAGAAGCUUUGUUUUGUCCUGAAAUCAAAAGCUGAAGUCUGGAAAUUAUGAAUUGCUUUCCCCUUAAAGAUGGCAAAAAUCGUACUGUGUGGAAGGGCUUGAACUCCGUUUACAUUGCUGGUUGAGACUUCCAGACAGGCAGUUUGUGUUCAGUGUGUGUAGCCACCGCCCAGCGCUGUUUGCAAACAGCACCAUGGCAAAAGAGUUGUUGCUUUGUCUGUCAACACUCCUUACCCUGUUCCUCCUUCUGUGCUCUGGAGCAGUUACCAGAAAUUCUUGGGUGCUUGUGGUCUGAAUAUUUCUUCACAGUAAGCAAAUGUGCUGGUAUCGAUCAGGGAAGCAGUUAAAGAUUAAAAGUGUUCACGUUGCUGAAAAUUGAACACAAACUUUUUUAUUGCAUGUGGGAGCAAAAAAGGGAAUUCUAUAUUCUUCUGAACCUGUGGUGAAAUUUAUAGGAGAUUGGAAUGAGCAAAGAAUGGGUAGAGUUUUAAAAAUUAUAACCUGUAACACAAUGUCAAAGAAAUGGAUUUUAGUUAAAUCUGGAAAAAUGCUAAGGCAGGGCAUGAAAAAGUGUUCCAUCACAGAUAGUUGUUUGCCAACUGUAUAACAGAACUUAGAUGUUUACUGGGGGAGGGGCAAUAAAAAUUGCCUUGAUUUGUGGGAAAGGAGGCAAGGUAAUUGAGCCAAGUGAAUUAAGGGGCUUGUGAAGUUGUUUUUGUUACUGGUAGAUGAAUGCAUUAUGGAUACAUUAAAUUUUGUAGCAGGCUGUCUGCAGCACUUCUUAAAUGAUAAGACUGGAGAGUAGCCUUAGAAACCUUUAUAAUUUCCUUUUUUACUUCUCUGCUCUUGAAACACUGUUGAGGAAAGAAACUGAGGCAAGAAAGGGUUGUGCAAGGCAACGUGUUUUCUGUAAAAGCUCACAUCUGCUAAAUCUUACAUGGAUUGAGGGGGAGGCUUGAAGAUUUAGCUGCAGUGGUUCAGAAAGUUUCUGGCAACAUCUUAACUCUGGUCUUUUGUUGGAGCUUGUUGCCAUCGGAAGUGGUUCAGCAGAAGGGCUGGAUGCGGGAUGCCCACAAAGACCCAGGUGAGAAACGGCUCUUUUUGCAUGACUAUGGUAUUCAAGAGAUCUGAACUGUGUCAGGAAACUUGUCACUGAAGUACUCUUGGAAAACUACAGAUCGUUUUGCAGCUGUUAAGCAGAGGAAUAAAUGGGCCAUAUGAACUGUGUAAUUGCUUCCCAGCCAUGCUGUCAGGCAGCACCCUCCUUAGACAUGGAGACAUGAGGCACACCUCUUUAUCUCUGACCACCUAUCAACAUGAAUGCAAACAGGUGACAUGUAAGCCUCUUGGCUGUAUGCUAAAGAGGUGGUGCUAGAAAAAUACUCCUACUGGAAGUACUAUCUCCAGUGUGCCCUAACUAUUCCUUUAGCAGAGUUUGGGUGCAUUUCAAUGAAAAGACUUUGUAGAGCUACAAGGUGUCUCCUGAAUUCUCACUAUGUCUGAUGGGGACUAUGAUUACCUCAUAAAAUUUCUAGCACUUGGUGAUUCUGGCGUAGGAAAGACCAGCCUUCUUUACCAAUAUACGGAUGGCAAAUUUAAUUCCAAAUUUAUCACAACAGUGGGCAUUGACUUUCGGGAAAAGAGAGUGGUGUAUAGACCCAAUGGGCCAGAUGGCGUUGGUGGCAGAGGACAGAGGAUACAUCUUCAGCUCUGGGAUACUGCAGGGCAGGAAAGGUUUCGUAGCUUGACAACGGCUUUCUUCAGAGAUGCCAUGGGGUUUCUUUUACUCUUUGAUCUGACAAAUGAGCAAAGCUUUCUGAAUGUCAGGAACUGGAUAAGUCAGCUACAAAUGCAUGCAUAUUGUGAAAACCCUGACAUUGUAUUAUGUGGAAACAAGAGUGAUCUGGAAGACCAAAGAAUGGUGAAAGAAGAAGAGGCUAAGGAACUUGCAGAAAAAUACGGAAUACCGUAUUUUGAAACUAGUGCAGCUAAUGGGAGUAAUGUAAGCAAAGCCAUUGAAACUCUGCUUGAUCUCAUUAUGAAGCGCAUGGAACGGUGUGUGGAUAAAUCCUGGAUCCCAGAAGGGGUAGUGCGCUCCAAUGGGCACAGCUCUACAGAACAACUGAACGAGGAGCAAGAAAAAGGCAAAUGCGGCUGCUAACUCAGUUACAAUUAUGUUUAAUAUAUAUGAUAAAGUAUGAUAAAGUUGCAGCUUAACUGUUUAACUUAUGGACAAAUCACACUGUAGUUAUUUAAUGAGCUAUAUUAAUUCUUUAUACUAAUUUUUGGUUUUUUCCUCUCAGACAACAUUGACCUUUUCUUGCAAGGUAUGCAGUUUAUUAGUGGUGGGACAGAAGAUUAAUUUGGUGUAGCAUUGGCUAUUCCUCUAAUUCUCUACUUUGGAGGGAAGGAGAGGAAUUUUCAUUACCAAAUUUAGAAACAUCUCUCUGUGUGGGCAAUGAGAAAGGGUAGGCUUCUGAACGGAAGGAUUUUCAAUUGCCCUUUGAAGGCUCCAUUAACUACACAGACUAGGCAUUUAGAUUAGAUAUUGUGACAGCUUUUAGUCUCUACUAACAGCAAGCUUACCAACGUGGUUCUUGGUUUUCAACAGAAAUAUUUAAUCAUUUCAUCAAUCAAUAACACUCUUAAAGAGCAAAUCCUGUGUUUUCCACAAAAGCCUGCAAGUAGCUUUUCCUUGCUCUCUCAAAGCAUUGGUUUUUAGUGAUGAAAACCAAAAGAAAGCUAUUGUAUAUAGAAUAAAAACUACAGAGAAGCACAGGGGUGCAUAUGUAGAGCACUUUGGGUAUGUCAUGAAAUUGAACAUGUAAACUACAACUGUACUAUAUAAAAUAUAUUCAACACAGGCUAUGAGACCUCCUGACAUAAUUUGAAUUUCUAGAACAUGAAUUUACAUGUAUUUAUAUUUAAAUGGCAUACCUGCACAUCUGUUGUUAUGUUUCUUUUACGUUACCACUUGUUUUAACAGGAACAUAGGGCAACCUAGAUGUCAGCAAAAUUUCAUCGGAGCUAGUGCUUUGCACUGAAUUUGUUUUAUCAAACACAGAUUUGGAAUGUUUCUUUAAAUUUGGAUUGAAAAAUGAAUGAUGAUUGUCUUCUGGUGAGCUACAGCUAAGACACCAGUUCUGUCUAGAUCAGUAUUUCUAUAAAUUUAUAAUGCUCAUUUUAGUCUGCCAACCUUUGUGUCCUGUACAUCUUGGUUAUUAUAUAUUCAUUUAUGGCUUGUUCACUUCCUUUAGGUUGUAUUUAAAAAAGAAUAGAGUUGCUUUUCUUUUUCCCCCUCUACGGAUCACAUAAAUGUCAAUUUUUGUUUCAGUGGAUCAUGUUACUCUUUGAUCAUUUUUAUUUAUUCAUACAACCUAAGGAACAAUCAGUAUUUUUUGGGUCUUUUUUCCAGACUGAUUUAUAAGAUGUGCCUACCAAACUGUUUUCUACCCUGGCAGAGGUUGUAUAACUGUAAAGUAUUGCCAAUUAAAGUCAUAACAUGCCAAAUUGAGUCUUGUUACAGACUUCCCACAGCAGUGUGUUUACAAAACUCCAAAGCUAUUACUUCUUUAGAAAUUAUGUAUUUAUUUAUGUAAAUAGUCUAACUACUGCAAUUUCAGGCAAGCAUUGAUACCAGUUGUGAAUGUGAAUUGCAGCAUAACAAAUUUUUUGAAGGACCAAAAAUGUUUCUAGAAUAGGAGCUAAUAAAAAAACCCCAAACAUAUAUAUUUGAUGUAGCCUCUGGUUAUAUUAAUAAUACAAGAAUAAGUGUUAAAACUUGAUUCUUAAAAUAUUUUACAAAGUAAUGCAUUGUUCUUUAACAAACACAACAUGUAAAUAUUAGAUUUUUAUCACAGCCUACACAGAAUAUUUUUAAAGUGCAAUAUAAUUUCACUGCUCUGGGGCUAGGACGGAGAUUAAAGCAAUUUACAUUGAAUAAAUAUAGGGUUUUUUUCCUACUAUACAAUACCAAGAUUCUAAAAUGCUUGUGGACCGGAGUUACUGUAGUUUAACUCAGAGUGCCUUUUGAAGUUACCAUCGUGUUUCUGACCAGUAGAGUAUCCAACUGUACUGUAGGACACAAUACAUUUCAAUGUACUUCAGUGUCUGAAUUUCUUUUAAUGUAACUCUUUGCUUUUCAGAGGGUUGCAGUGGAACUUUGUUAUGCAUUAACUUUAAUGGGAGUUUUUGUGCUUAUAGCUCCAUCCAGUUCCUGAAAACGUUAAGGAUUAUUGCAACUAACUACUGAGCUAAGUGACUACUGAAAUGCUGUAAAAAUGUUUCCUUUUGAAUACUUAUGUUUAGAUUGGAUAUUAAAUACUGAAACUGUCAUAUUUUUGUCAUGCAUAUUAUAUGUAACUAUUUACUGUAUAAAGAGAGUCUACAUAAAAUUGCUUUGAUGUCA